CGUACCAUUUCACGAUCUCAACGCAUACGCUCAAUAAGCUUUUCAUUCUCCAUAUACACCAAACAAUGCCUCCAAAACCUGUUCCACCGUCGUAUAUCUCACCCAAAUCGACCGCGGUACGUAGACGCCGCCCCGGGCAAGCAAGUUGGGCAUGUCUCGCCUGUCAAAAGCGAAAAUCGCGUUGUGCGACAGAAUCAGCAGUCUCCCAUCGAUGCCAGAUGUGUAGGUUCCGCGAUACCGAAUGCAUAUUCCCGGCAUCAGACAAACAAAACGGAGCUCCUUCGGGCAUCCGACGUGUGCGUACACCGCGGGAUCGGCAUCUGCAGCCCACUUCUUCCGUCGUCCAUGGGAGCGGAGGGCAACCUUCGAUGUGCAAUUCCCGCGGUGCUGAGAUUCUCACUCCUGGGGACACACCAUUCCCAGGUCCCUCUCGUAACAUUGCAGAAGAUGAAGAUGAGAUGCAUGUCGUCGGGCCUGUCAAUGAUACUGACACCCGACUAAUCGCAGACUAUAUUUCCAACAGUUCUGCUACAGGGUUUCUUUUAGGCGGGUCGAACUUCACAAAGACAACUCCUAUAUAUUCCAUGGGAAACCAUGAUCCGGUGGUUUUCAAUACUGUGCGCAGACGUCCGCUAGGCGCUAUGGUCAAAGAAAGCCCUGCAUCCAUGAAACUACACAUCAUAGAGCAAGUUCUUGGCGCUUUUUGCGGUGAUCUACUUGAAAUAUACUUUCAGAAAGUCCACGUCUGCUUCCCAUUGCUCGACGAGGUAUCAUUCAAAUCGCAAUAUGCGACGUCCAAGAUCUACGCGCGCAAUUCUGCUUCACUUCCCGCGCAUUGGGCUCCAGACAUCAUGUUCAUAUGGAACCAAGCUAAUGAAGCACUAUACUCGGAGCUUCAUGUAGCACCUAGUAUCUCGGUUCUGAUUGCCAUUCUUCUAAAUAUAUCUGGGCGCCCACUGACAUCUGUCAUUGGCAACGGCAUUCUUCUUGGAUCUGCGGUGGCUAUUGCACAUGGGUUGGGUUUGAAUCGCAAUUGUUUAGAUUGGGAGAUUUCGGUCUCAGAGAAACGCUUGCGAACUCGGUUGUGGUGGGCUUUGUUUAUAUAUGACAAGUGGUCCAGCGUUGCCUAUGGCACUCCACCGCACUUGAAGAGAACUGAGCACAACGUAUCGACCCCGAGUGCUGAUUUACUGCACGAGGGUACAAAUGCAGCAGACAAUCCGACUGCGACAUCAAUAUUCGUUCAAUCAAUCACUCUUACGCAAGUGCUGGACAGUUACCUAGAACACAUCUUCCACCUGCAGCAGGAUGUCUUCACCAAUCGCCCAAAAAUCGAGAACAAGCUCGCCAAUUGGGAGUACUCUUUGCCACCAGAGCUUAGACGCAUAGUGCUCCGAGGUGUAAACCUUCAAGACCCGGGAUCUUCCAAUUUGCGACUCGCAUAUCUAUAUGUCAGACUUCUAGACCGACGCCUCGAAGCAGAUCGCCUCAGUCAUCAAACAACUGCACUAGAAGCCCUAGAUCCGAACCGUAUGCUAGAGGCUCGUAGAGUCGCACAAGACAUCGUUUCCCUGGUCCAAGAAUUGGAUGGCGCAGCCCUCACCGACUUUUGGCUCCCGUUGUGCGCAUUCGUCUUAUCCAGUACUGUUGCUUUCCUGCUCCGGUGCGCCUUGGAAAUCGAGCACCACGACGUCGGGCUAGCGCAAAGUAUUUCUUUGAAGCUGGCUUCAAGUAUGAUUGAAGCGUUGAGGAUUCAUAAACAGGAGUACGGUUGGGAUAUUGGGGAUAUAUGUCUGGCUCAGUAUGCGGAUGUGACCGACAAGUUGACGGCGGCGGAAAUUCACAUUGACGAGGCUCUGCAGCAAUUUCUUUUUACGGAGUUUUCCGGCGCGACGGAUAUGCAUGAUGCGCAUCUGAACUUGUGGGAUUUUGCUUGA